CCUUUCUUUUUUUCUUUUUUCUUUCUUUAAUUUUUUUUCCUGUUUCUUCUUCUUCUUCUUCUUCGAGGCCCUUUCCUAGCUCUUCUUCUCACUCUCGAAACCCUACCCUCCAUCAAAGUCUCUUCAUCAAUCAAGUCGAUCAAAUCGAUCGUAACCCUAAAAUGCAGCAUCAGAGGCUGAAGCAACAGCAACAUCAGGCGCUGAUGCAACACGCGCUUCUUCAGCAGCAGUCUCUCUAUCACCCUGGUCUUUUAGCUGCUCCUCAGAUUGAGCCAAUUCCAAGUGGAAAUUUGCCUCCUGGUUUUGAUCCAAGUACAUGCCGCAGCGUGUAUGUAGGAAACAUCCAUACCCAAGUGACUGAACCACUCAUUCAGGAAGUUUUCUCGAGUACAGGUCCUGUUGAAGGUUGUAAACUUAUUAGGAAAGAAAAGUCAUCCUAUGGAUUUAUUCAUUAUUAUGAUCGUAGAUCUGCUGCACUUGCUAUAUUGUCUCUUAAUGGGAGGCAUCUGUUUGGGCAGCCAAUUAAAGUUAAUUGGGCAUACGCCAGUGGUCAAAGGGAGGAUACAUCAGGUCACUUCAACAUUUUUGUUGGUGAUCUUAGCCCUGAGGUUACUGAUGCCAUGCUGUUUGCUUGUUUUUCAGUUUACCCUAGUUGCUCUGAUGCAAGGGUUAUGUGGGAUCAGAAGACAGGCCGUUCAAGGGGUUAUGGAUUUGUAUCUUUUAGGAAUCAGCAGGAUGCGCAGAGUGCAAUAAAUGACUUAACAGGAAAAUGGCUUGGCAGUAGACAGAUACGUUGUAAUUGGGCUACUAAAGGUGCUGGUGCUAAUGAUGAUAAGCAGAGUUCUGAUGCUAAGAGUGUUGUGGAACUGACAACUGGUUCAUCAGAGGAUGGGAAGGAGGCAGCAAAUAAUGAUGCUCCAGAGAAUAAUCCACAAUUUACCACUGUGUAUGUGGGCAAUCUUGCUCCAGAGGCAACCCAACUUGAUCUUCACCGGCACUUCCAUGCUUUGGGUGCUGGAGUGAUUGAGGAAGUCAGGGUUCAGCGUGACAAAGGAUUUGGCUUUGUAAGAUACAGCACCCAUGCCGAGGCAGCUUUGGCGAUUCAAAUGGGCAAUACCCCGUCAAUUCUUUGUGGGAAACCAAUUAAGUGUUCAUGGGGAAACAAGCCAACUCCACCAGGAACUAGCUCAAACCCACUUCCGCCACCGGCUCUUGCACCCUUGCCAGGCCUUUCGGCUACUGACCUCUUGGCCUAUGAACGGCAACUAGCUAUGAGCAAGAUGGGUGGUGUCCAUGCCCUCAUGCACUCUCAAGGGCAACAUCCCCUGAAGCAAGCAUCUAUGGGGUUGGGUGCUGCUGGAGCUAGCCAAGCAAUAUACGAUGGGGGGUUCCAAAAUGUUGCAGCUGCACAGCAGCUUAUGUACUACCAGUGAUGCAAGAAGAUCAGGCAUUGUAAACCCACCUAAUUAUCCUGCUCUACUUGCUGUUGUUUGAGGCUUGGAUUUUUUAUUUUUGUUUUAUGUUUAUUGACAUUGACAUGGAUGGGUUUGUUAACCCAUCCUUUACCUGCUUGCCAUGUGUAUCAACAUAUAGAAUGUAUGCUUUUUCAUUGGUUUUGUAGGGAAUGAAAGGCUACUAAUCCUAUUAGUGUUGGACGGAGUUGCCUUGCUUGGUUGCUA